AUGCUCCACAUUACAUGUCCACACUCUACCACACUCCACCACAGUGAAGUGUGGUCACAGUUGGCAUUGCCACCUGUCCACUCAUCCCACACUCACCUUGCUGGCCUCUAUGGUGCCAAGAUUGCAGACUUUGGGCUGGUGAGGAUGGGAGAGGGCACGACUGUCGGUACGACUCGCAUCGUGGGCACACCGGGCUAUGUGGAUCCUGUCUACUCCCGAACGUCCAAGGCAACUGCAGCCAGCGAUGUGUACAGACAGGCCCCUCUCUCAGAGACUGCGGGAAAGAGCUGGCAGAUUAUCCCAUGGGCAUCUGAGUGCGUGAACUCGGGUGAGCUGGGGAGCCUCAAGGACCCCAACCUGGAUGCCCCUGCGGAUGCUGUGCUGCGUGUGGCUCAGCUCGCCCUCAGCUGCACCGUGGAGUGCACUGCAGCUCGCCCAAGCAUGGCAGAAAUUGCCAAUCAGCUGCAGGCCAUCCGGGAUGAAGUGGUGGGGAAAAAGGAGCUGAGGGCGGCUGUCAAGGUGGAUUCUCAAGUUCAGGAGAUGAAGGAAGCUUUCGUGGGUAUUGAGGGCCCCGAAACAGAAAUCCAGAUGAUGGGGGACAGCUUUGCUGAGGAAAAUCUCGUUCGGUCGGUGCGGCGUCAGCCCCUAGCGGGAGACGCCGCUCUGGCAAGGGCAAGGGGGGCAAGGGCGCGGGUGGGGCUAGCGGGGGUGGUGGAGGUGACGGUGGGGGCGGCGGGGGGAGUGGGGGUGGCAGUGGGAGUGGUGCCGGGGGUGGAGGUGGCGGUGGCAGCGGCGGAGGCGGAGGCGGCGGUGGCGGUAGCGGUGGGAGCAGAGGCGGCGGUGGCGGCGGAGGUGGAGGCGGCGGUGGUGGAGGAGGUGGAGCUGGUCGAGGUGGUACUUCUCAGUGGAGCGGCUCCGGGAGUGGCGUAG